AUGUCGUUACCAGCCUCUUCCAACCCUAUAACAUCCGUCGCACCCUCUUCAUCACCUAUAACAUCCGUUCAACCUACAUCUUAUGGCGGAUCACCAUUAUAUCCUCAAUCUAACAAUCCGCAAUUACUCUCUAGAUUGAAUCUCGAUCUGAGAGGUAAGAUAUUCCCUGUAGAAAGGGAAACCCUCAUGCUCCUUCCGGAAAGUGUACUCUUAGGUUUAUUCCCUCAAGGUUUGAUUCUAAGUAAACCUGCUAGUUGGGAAGGUGGUGAUGAUGGUGUAUUCACUGUCGAUUUCGACCCAGACUGCUUUCAAUACAUUUUAUCAUUCUGGUCUUCGGCACAAACAGCGUUUUACGGAACACCAACUUCACCUGGACUUUUCCAUUCUCAACAAUCCAUUCCUUCCAAUCCAUCCGAUCCAACAUCCGAUCAAUCCCAAAAUCCUUUAUUAUCGAAACAAGCCAUUAUAGUCUUGAGAGAAGAACUUGAGUAUUUCAGUAUAACCAAAUCUGGGGGAUUGGCAAAAACAGAUAUGACAACUGGAUUACCUAAUGAAGAGUUGAAAGCUCUCAAAAAGAAUUGUGGGCAAGCUUUGGAAAACAAGAAGAGUAUCUUCGCUGCUUUGGAGAGAAACGUUAGUAGCGUUGGUAAUGCUGCUGAAGCUCAUUUGAUCGAUAUGCUCUGUAUGAGCGGCUUCAAUCGAUCCGACUCAUGGGGUUUCAGAGCUUGUGAACCAUCAAGAAACGUAAUCACUUCGAUGGCUUUAGUCUUACUGAAAACAGGUAUCAUGCAUCCUGAAGAUCCAAAAGAUGGCGGAGUACCUUGGAUCGACGCUCAACAAAUGAGCACAGCUCAGAAAUUGUUAUUGUUUUGGAGAAAGCCUGCUAGAAAAUGUUGGUGGGACGGUGUUGAGGUUCAAGUACCAGCUAGCACAUCUUCCAAAUCAGGUGAAACUAUCAAUGUAAAAGUUUGGGCUAGGAGAGUCUGGACUUUGGAGCUGUCUUUGGUGAGUGGAAUCCUUACUGAGUGCGGUUGA